AUGAGGCGGUGGAAUAUUUUGUGUUUCCUGUGGAUCGCAGUGAUCCUGAGGAUAGAGGGUCUCGUUGCUGCUGAGGCUGACCCGGCGCUGCUGACGGACACUGACCUAGCUCAUUUCCAACAGGGUCGUUCGCCACAUGAUCCACGACCUCGUCUAUCGGCCUCCCAACAGGCCCAAAUACUGAGCGACGUACAGCAACACCAGCAACGGUUUCGACGACCCCAAGAUUCGUCCAGUUCUCGAGGAUCCUUCUCAAACUUCGAUCAAGUCACUUCCAAGCCACAAACAGGCACAUCUUAUUCGCCCUUGUCUAAAUAUAAAGUGGAUCGCACGAAACAGCAACAAAUUCAGCAACUACUGCAACAACAGCAACAGGUGCAACAGCUAAUACAAGAACAGCAACAAAAGAUAGCGCAACAACUCGGCAAUCCAAAUUAUCUGAACGCUCAAACUCAAUUCCAGGCUCAACCUGCCAAGCAGCAAGAAUUCGAACAACAGUAUCAGAAUACUAAUAGCCAGUUCCAGAAUCUCCAGCAGGAUCUAUCGCAACCGCUGUUCAGUGACCGACAAACAUUACAGUUGCAGGAAUAUCUGGAAAAGCAACGCGAGUUGGAACUGGUACAAAAACAGAGACAGCAAUUACUACUGGAACAACAGGAAUUACGAAGGCAACAAGAACUUCUGAGACUUCAACAGUUGCAAAAACUCACGUCGACCACUUCACUACCAAUUUCUGUCACUUCCCCAAGCACCGUAGCUAUAAGCACCACAACAUCUCCUGUUCUCGUAUCACUGCCAACUGCGAGAAAAAUCACUCCAUCGGAAACAGAUUUGUUUUUAAAGGCGAUAGCUACUCAUCAGAAAAAGUAUUCUACCACGACGCCGAUACCAUCCACAACAACCGUAAGAACCACGACAACCAGUAGACCAACUGUUAUCACGUCUGUUUCUCCCAGAACAUAUCAAGAAAAAGUAACAGUUUCGAACAUCCCAGAGAACCUGUUAAGUUUGAUUCAGGAGCAACAGAAUCAGUUCGUUCAACAAGGUAAGCCAAAGCCUCAGAUCAAGGUCAUAUAUCAGACAGAAAAGCCAGUAACACCAAAAAAUUCUACUCCGAGGACCAGAUCUGCCUCUUUAGGCUCGGAAAGGGAUAUUCUACUAAAGCAGUUGAAACUGGCUUUGGCUCAGUCGGUAGAUGACGAUAUCAGAAAUGUCAGUGCACGAGAUAUCGUGUUGCCUAACGGAAAGAAGAUUCAGUUGGUCGAUUCUUCAAGCAGCUUAACAUCCAUCGUACCCACCGAUGGAUCAACUCUGACUACGUCUACCUUGGCUUUAACUACUUCGACUACGACUAUUAAACCACCGAAGGCUAUUCUCGAGGAAUUGACAAAAGGUGUGCUUCCUCCUGGAGCAGACUUUGAAGUCAUUAGACAGAAGAGCGAUGGAAAGUUGGAGGAAAUUGGAAAAGCACCGAUUCAGAGUCUGCCUGCAAAGAAAGUGACUUUUGUAGUGCUGGAGGAGCAACCCGAUGGCAGUUACAAGGUGCAAGGCGUGAAAGGAAACGCGGAUAAAGAGGGAAGUGAAGUGGAAUCUAUCGUAGAGAAGAUUAAGAAGGGAGAAUUGAAGCUUCCACCAAGUUCUUCGAAUCCGACCACUGUGCCCUCGCUUCAGAAUUACGCAUCCAGUUUGGACCCAAAUUCAAUCUCGACAAGGCAGAGCGGAGCGACGUCGACUCAGGGUCUUGGAUCUACUAGUCCUAGAUCUACUACCCCGAGAUCUACUUCCAUUUCAUCAAGGUAUACCGAAAGACCAACGGAAUACUUCCCUCAUGUGACAAUUUCUCCAAAUUCCGUGUCAACGACAGACAAGUAUGUGUCUUCAGCAUCCAGCGUCACCAGUCACGUAUUCAAUUCACUAGGGUCUGUGAACACCACCCCUAAAUUGAGUUCCUUGGAUCAAGAUAGUCGCGUGACUGCAAAAUAUCCAAGCGUAACAAGAAGUCAUUUCAUCCCAACCAUGGCUCCGGUCAAUGAAAUCAUUACGACAACAUCAGCGCCGGUACCGACGACUUUCUCACAACAUUCGACCAAUUCUUACAUUCAUUUCACCGUCAGACCACCCGGUGAAACUUCACCGACCCUCAGUACAAUCUCGACCACCACGAGGCCAUCGACUACCUUACAUAACGAUAAUAUCAUCUACCAGGACACCUUCGAACGACCUACAAUUUCCCCAUCUUUAGAAUCGCCUUCCACGAAGAGCCAAAUACAGGAGAGUUUGACCACAUUGCUCAGAAGGGAAGGAUUAUUUGCAAUGGCUAAAUAUUUAAGACAGUCAGGUCUGGAUAACGUGUUGAACGAAACUGGUCCAUACACAAUAUUCGUCCCGACAGACAAAGCCUUUAGAACGUUAUUGGUGCAGCUUGGUGGUCCGGAAAAAGCAGAGCAAAAAUUCCGAGAUAAUCCACGACUCCUUAGCGGGCUUCUGCUACAUCACGUGAUACCAGGAGCUUUCAGGAUCGAUUCCUUGCAAGAUGAAAUGACUGGCGUUAGCUUAGCUGGAACGCAAUUAAGAGUGAAUGAAUACGCAAUGCACGACCACGAAUGGAAUGACAUAAAAGUGACAACAAUAAAUGGUGCAAAAGUAGCAUCGAAUAAACGUGAUAUUGAGAUACCUCAGGGCAUUGCCCACGCCGUGGACAGGGUGAUGUUUCCACUUCCGGUUGGCGAUUUAGUGCAAACAUUGCAGGCUGAUCGCGAAAGAAGGUUCACUACUUUCCUAAAAAUGCUUUACAUCUCUGGACUUCAAGAAACUUUAUCGGGACCUAAAACUUUCACCAUUUUCGCUCCAAUGGACUCCGCUUUCGAAUCCACCUCGAAAGACGGAGGAGCACCUGUUUGGACGGAAGAAGACGGCCCAGAAGCUGCGAAAACAAUUAUUUCGAGACAUGUGAUUCCUUCGUCUUUGUACACAGCGGGAAUGAGGUACUAUUUGCAAAAAGAUACUCUUCGUCCUCAAUCGCCUGUUCAUAUUCACAAAAAUGGAGGUCGAGUACGAGUGAACGAAGCACAUGUUGUAACACAUAAUAUACCAGCAACAAAUGGAGUUUUACACGCAAUUGACGGUGUUCUAUAA